AUGAUGGACGAUAAAUUAUUUCAUUGCCAGAAAUGUAAUGGAAGGAUUAAACUUGAUUACUCGUUGAUGAAGCUAAAUCUGGCUCAGGUCAACCUCUUGGUAAAUAAAAAUAAUAAUGACACAUACAAUGAUGAUGAUAUGGUAAAGCUUGAUCCUGCGGACUUUAUACCCAAGGAAAGGCUAGCAUUGUAUAAUAAGGUUAAUAAUAAAGGAGAGCCACCAAUUCAUUACAGGAAUCUGAAUAACAAUGACGAUCAGGAAAAAGAUAGCAGCUUCAAUUCCAAUAUAUUUGGAAUACAGGAUAGUGAUGAUGACAAGAAGGAGAAAGAUUCUUCCCUAGAAAACGAUGACAACCAUUAUAUUAUUAUAUCAUCUAGAAUUAAUACUUUAAAGAAGGUGUUUGAAAUUCUUUCUUCAAAUCAAGAAAUUGAUCAUCCUCUAUGUAUUGAUUGUUCCAACUUAUUACUAGCAAACUUUAAAUUGAAGUUCGAUCAAAAUCAAAGAGAAAAAGAAUACUAUAUGUCAUUUUUAAGAAAACUAAAGGAAAAAGAUAAUACUCAGAUGGAAAAUGAUGACUUGGACUCAAAAUUUAAUGAUUCGAUAAAUAGUUUUGAAAAGCUUUCGCUGAUAGAACAAGAGAAAUUACAAAAGCUCGAACAACUUGAACAAAAUAAAAGGGAAUUGGACAUGAAAUUAAAUGAUUUAAAAAAUCAAUUGAAUACUCUUAAUGAAAAUGAAUUGAAUGAUGUUCUUAAACUAAGAAAUAAUUUACUGCUAGAUUUAAAACUGAAAUUAAACAAGCUCGAACAAUCUAAAUCCUUAUAUCAGUCUCACUUAAAUCAUUUGGAUAACCUAAGGAAUUUGAAUAUAUAUAGUAAAUUUUUCCAGAUAUCUUCUGAUGAUAAGGAUACCUACGGUACUAUCAAUGGCUUCAGGUUAGGCUAUAAGGUUCCAUGGUCAGAAAUUAAUGCAGCUUUAGGUCAAAUUGUACUCUUACUCAUGUUCUUGAUCAGAAGGUUGAAUUUUAAAUUGAAAAAUUAUAGACUAAUCCCGAUGGGGUCGCAAUCACAAAUAAUCAAAAUAUCUAAAAGUAAUCCAUCAACCGAUCCACCUCAUAAGAUGAUCCUCAAUUUGUACUCCACGAAUGAUUUCUCAUUGGGAAAGCUUUUUAACUUUAAUAAAUUAGAUGUUGCAAUGAUUGCCUUACUAGAUAUUGUAUCUCAAAUAGAGUCUAAAUUACUAGGUCUAGACGAAGAAAUGGAGCUACCUUAUGCAAUAUCCUCUAAGCGUGAUUCUAUUGGAGGAAAAAGUAUAAGAAUCACGUCCAACAGUGAGUGGACACUUGGAUGUAAAUUUUUGCUCACUAAUAUUAACUGGAUUCUUACCUAUACAAGCGUUCAUACCACUCCUUCCGUUGUAUAA